AUGCAGUUGCACGACUAUAUGAGGUAUAUAGACCUGGCUUGCUGGAUGGCGUGUAUUCCAAGAUAUCAAUGGUCUGGACGGCGCACAGAAGGGAAACCAUAUACCUUGGAAAGAAAAACUCUGCUCGUAGUUGGUAUCAUUUGUUCGAUCUGCCAGUUUUUUGGAGUGAUAACCUAUUGGUAUCGAAAUGGGCGAAAGGCAGAGGAUACGGCCACGUUCGUCACAGAAAUAUCAGAAACGUGCGGUUCCUUUAUGCUGGUCGGUGUGGGAAUCGCAAAUAUUUAUGCUCUCAUAAAGAACCGUUCUCAGAUCGAAGAAAUGUUCAAGGAGCUCCAGGAGAUAUAUCCGAUAUCCGGCGAUAGGCACUACCGUUGCCAGCACUACUAUGACAAGGCCAUGCUAAUAAUGAAAGGCGAAUUCAUGUUCUACAUGGUCUUCUAUGCGUACUACAAUAGUGCCCCUCUUAUGUUGCUUCUCUGGGAACACCUGCAGGAAGACCAGAAUCUGAGUUUUAGGACGCAGACCAACACGUGGUUUCCCUGGAAGGUCCAUGGAUCUGCUCUGGGAUUCGGUAUGGCUAUACUUACCAUAACCUUGGCUUCAUUUGUCGGCGUGGGCUUCAGCAUAGCCACCCAACAUAUAAUCUGCAUUUUUACUUUCCAACUGAAAUUGCACUAUGAUGGAAUGGCCCGGCAGUUACUUUCCCUUGAUUCUCGUCAACCCAGAGCACAUGAGCAGUUAAGGAGUCUGAUUGCCUAUCAUUCUAGAAUUUUACAUAUCGGCGACCAGUUUAAUCAGAUAUUGAACUUUAUCUUUGGGAUCAGCCUCGUAUGUUCAACAAUUGCCAUUUGCAUGACGAGUGUGGCUGUUAUACUACUCGACUUGGCCUCUGCUUUCAAGUACAUGAGUGGUCUGAUUGCCUUUGUCCUUUACCACUUCGUCAUCUGCUACAUGGGUACUGCGGUCACUUCUGCUAGUGACAAAGUGUUGCCAGCUGCUUUUUAUAACAAUUGGUAUGAGGGUGAUCUUGCCUAUCGCAAGAUGCUGCUGAUCUUGAUGAUGCGUGCUACAAAGCCUUAUGUUUGGAGAACCUACAAGCUGGCACCUGUGUCGAUUACCACCUAUAUGGCUACUUUGAAGUUUUCUUAUCAAAUGUUUACCUGCGUCCGUUCCCUGAAAUAAAGAGGAACAAAUUAGUCACAAAAGAACCUAGCUCUGAAAAUAUAUUAAACAUACACAAAGAUGUAGAUUAGCUAUCACUUGCU